AAGCCCAAGAUUCAGCUACCUCUCGCUGCGAUUACUCACCAACAAACAGAAAACUCACGACGGUCUGCGAGAGGGAUGAGCGUAUCGGAUUUGCCAACGAAGGAGACAAACGUGCUGAAGGGGCACGAAGGCGCAGUUUUAGCUGCUAGAUUCAACGGAAACGGCGAUUAUUGCCUGAGCUGCGGCAAGGACCGUACCAUUAGGUUAUGGAAUCCCCACCGUGGGGUCCAUAUCAAGACCUACAAAUCACACGGCCGCGAAGUCCGUGACGUCCAUGUUACUCCGGACAAUUCGAAGCUUUGUUCUUGUGGCGGUGACCGGCAGAUUUUCUAUUGGGAUGUCGCAACUGGACGUGUCAUUCGAAAAUUUCGUGGCCAUGAUAGUGAGGUAAAUGCUGUGAAGUUUAACGAGUAUUCAUCCGUGGUAGUAUCAGCAGGAUAUGAUCGUUCCCUGCGUGCUUGGGACUGUAGGUCUCACAGCACUGAGCCAAUUCAGAUCAUUGAUACAUUUUUAGACAGUGUAAUGUCUGUAUGUCUAACAAAAACGGAACUAAUCGGUGGAAGUGUUGAUGGCACUGUUAGGACAUUUGACAUUCGUCUUGGUCGAGAAAUAUCAGAUAAUUUGGGGCACCCUGUCAACUGUAUCUCUAUGUCGAAUGAUGGCAACUGCAUACUAGCGAGUUGCUUGGAUUCUACUCUGCGUCUUGUGGACAGGUCAGCAGGCGAAUUGUUGCAAGAGUAUAGAGGCCAUAGGUGUAAGUCUUAUAAACUAGAUUGCUGCCUCACCAACACUGAUGCACAUGUAACUGGUGGGUCUGAGGAUGGCUAUAUUUAUUUCUGGGAUCUUGUCGAUGCAUCUGUGGUGUCAAGUUUCCGUGCUCAUUCCUCUGUGGUGACUAGUGUGAGUUACCACCCAAAAGACAACUGCAUGAUAACUGCUUCUGUUGAUGGCUCAAUCCGCGUUUGGAAGACAUGAGUAAGGAAGCAAUCAAACAUUAGCUACCUUGACACAGGGACUUCCCCCACCCCAUCUUAUAUGGUAUGAUUUUGGAAGUUGGAACUUAGCAUGCUGGUGCAGAGAUUCAACUAACCGUGCCCUAUCCCCCUUCCAAAUCCAUUUAGUUAAUCAUAAACCAUUGUUCUUAAUUCUUUUCAUACACACAAUGAAUACUUUUUUUCUUUUUGGAAAUGUAACACAUGCAAUUGCGGUGCCCCAACCCAUGUUAUGAGCAACUGCACGUGAUAUCACACCAUUUUAGAAUCUUCCUGUACCCCAUGUAUGAGCUACUGCACAUGAUAUCCUCGCCAUUUAGAAUAUUGCUGUAUCCCAUGCUUGUGGACAAUGUCAAUUUGAGUCCCUGAUUGGUUCGACCAAAAGUAGACUUUUUUCCUUUUGUGGUGAACA